AUGGGCUCGUGCGUCUCGCUCUCGGCGGCGCCGGCGCUGCCGACAGUGGCCACGGCGAAGAUUGUGCUCGAGGACGGCUCCAUGGCGCAGUUCGCGACGCCCAUCACGGCGCGGGAUGCUCUGGGCAGCGACGCCGCCAGCUCCUCGAGCUUCCUCUGCAGCUGCGACGAGCUUCGAUUCGACGCGCCCGCCCGCGCGCUGGCGGCCGAGGAGGAGCUCCAGCCCGGGUGCCUCUACUUCGCGCUCCCCGUGUCCAUGCUCCGCCGGCCGCUAUCCGGGCAGGACAUGGCCGCCCUCGCCGUCAAGGCAACCUCCGCGUUCGCCGCUGUCGCCAUGAACCGCAAGGGACGAGAGGCGGCUCGAGUGGCGCCGCUCGUCGGAGCCGAGGAGGGCGAACGAGAGGGCAGAUGGAAUCACCACGUCUACGGAAAAUACGGCACGCGCAUGACGGCCAUUAGCCGUCCUGCGGUCGUGCAAAGGCUGAGCGCCAUUUCUGAGGCCAGUGCCUGAGUCGAUGGAUUCAACGAUUUAACGGUUAUAUUGUUUAGAGAGUGUAGUUAAUUAAGUAGGUUAUGCGUUACUUAAUUUUGUUACUGAGUAGUUGAUCUCGUCGAUAGCUCGAUCUCCGAACUGAGGAGGAGAUCGUAUGUAGGAGUAUGUACAACCGUACAGGGUACCUCUGCUUCCAUUCUUUUCUGUGUACAUGUAAUUUUUUGAUCAAGGAACACAAACUCGUU